AUGGGAUUCUCGACCUCCGAGUCGAUCGGCCUUAAUCUCCGUGUAAUCUGGAUCGCUUCCCGGCCAAUACUCCCCCACCCGCUUCCCAGAUUGGAAAGCUUUUCUGUGCGGGUGACGUCAAUAUGUUUGAGCUCCGACUUCCGCAAGAGCAAGGUAUCUGUGGUGGAUGCCAUAGGGGAGCUGGGGAGGCUGAUCCAAAACGGAGAUUCGACUGCACGAAAGCUCCUCAAAAGCUCGACAAAGAUAUGCGGCUUCUUCAUUAUUUCCGAGGAGAUAGUUGCGUGGAUGGUCAAGGACAUCAUGGUGCGACAUAGCGCAGUCCAGCCCCAGAACAUCCUGGGAUUGGUGUUCCUCGAGAGCAGGCAACCACUGGAGGGUGUGAGACGGGAAAUUUGGAGCCAGAUCAAGCCCGUCAACGAGGGACCGCUGGAAGAAAUCGAUGCAGAGUUCGAGGUCAACUUCACCCAACCCAAGCGCGGCUCGAAUCUGCAACCAGUCACUUGGGCCUUGGAGAAGAGUUGCCUGGCCGAGGUUGAUGACUCGAGGGCGAUAUGGCUAGACCUACUCCGGUUUUCCAUCUCGCCCCACACGAAGAAGAGAAGGACAACGAUCCUUAGUUCCGGCAACGCGCAAGGAGGCAGAUGGGCCAUCCAAGAAGACUUAGCGACGGUAGAAAUACGCUCCAGGCACCCUGCGCUCGAGUUGUACUGGGACCGGCAAUCACAGAGUAAAUAUCAACGAGGAUUGGUUCAGCCAGCGAAUUGGGCGAGUGACGAAGGAUCACGUCCGAUACUUCCGGAUCCCCCCCUCCCCGUCUCCAUAGUUGAAGGGUACGAGAAAGACCCAGCUAUCCCCCGAUACUGGCUCCAGGAUCUGGAAGAUGGGCUCGUUGAAUGCUCAACAGAUCGCAACAUCAUGCCAAUCCAAACGAAUUCAUUGAAAAGACCCCAGAUAGACUCCCCAGCUCACAGCCCGGGAGAUGGCACCGCAACGAUAUCUUCGGAUCUAAUAAAUGCCACACUCCUCAUGAUUUGA